GUCUGAUCCGUGGCUCCGAUAAAUCUCUUUCGUUCAGAGGGCGGCAGUCUCGAACGGAAUGCAGUUCUAGUAUCUUCUUCCUCAACUCGGCCGCCAUUUUUGGUAACUGACGAAGGAGAGAGAUAGUGAGGGAGAACAGGUGGCCGACGCGCAAAAUGGAGUUCCUCGUGCAGCCAAUCAUGAGAUCCACUCUGAUUGAGGAGGUCGGAAGAUUCGCCGGCGGAUGGUACUAGGCCAACGUUUGUGCGGGUGGCACCGCAGGAGGCCACGGGUGUGAGCGGCGAAGAGCAGAUCUACCGGGUGUGGAGCGGCGGCAAUCGACGGGGAAGAUGGAUCCCUAGGAUCUUGGUUGGAAUAAGAGGGUGAGGAUCGGUGCUACUGCCCCCGGAAGGACGCCUUGAGGCAUCAGAAUUGUCCACCGGGAAGAUGAACCUGCAGGCACUUGGUUGGGCUAAGAGGUUUCUGUUUGUUGAGGAGGUGGAUGAGAGCGCGGCUCCAAUGGAUCCGGUUGUCAUGGUUUCGCUCCCGGGCGCCGUCCAGGCGACAGCAACAUGCAAGGGGGCUGGUAGUUCGCCAGCGCUGGCCAUGAGUGUGGACGCACAGAUCUGCGAGGAGGGAAGGGGCGGGAAGGAUAGACGCGAGUCGUCGUUGGAGGUAUCGGAAAUGUCCAUGGGUAAGAUGACCCCGCUGCUACCUGGAUGGGCUAAGAUGGUGAGGAUAGGCACGGCCGCUCGUUGCAGGAAACCAUGCUCGUCGUGUGUGACUGCAUUUGAGAAAAUUGUAAGGAGGUAUGCAGAGAACCCUUCUGAGAACGUCAUUGUGCCGAUUCUGGGCGCAAGCUUUGAUUCGCUAGGAGAAGCUUAUGAUUUCUGCAACCUUUAUUCCUGGGAGAGAGGAUUUGGAAUAAGGUACAAGAAGAGUAGAGUGAAUGUCGAGAGGAUGAAGGGCAUGCAGGAGAUCGUGUGCGGGUGCUCGGGGAAGGCUGGCGUGGAGAACACUAGGUCCUGUCGGUGUGAGUGUCAUGCGCUGAUCAGAUUACUCAGAUCAGAGGACAAUGAGUGGUACAUCGUUCAUCACAGGAGAAGCACAUCCACUCUCUCUAGCCAAAUUUUGGCAGAAGAUUCAUUGGCCAUCCCACAAACACAUUGAUGUGUACAGUCGUGAGUUGUGACUUGAUCAAGCAGGUGAGGCAGAACAAUGUCAACCUUGCAAAAAAUGUACAACAUUGUUGGGAGUUUUUUCGGGUCAAUGAAGAAUGUGCCGUUUACGAAGAGGUCUCUGAAAAAUCUAUGUGGAAAGAUUAGCUAGGAGCAGGCGAAUGACGAUGUGAGGAAGACAAUGGAAGUGUUUGCUGAAUUGGGGGCAAAGGAUCCACACUUUACAUACCAUGUGCAGGCAGACAAAGAGGGUUGGAUAAAGAACUUGAUGUGAGCGAAUGGCAGCAGCAGGCUGAAGUACAGUUUCUUUGGUGAUAUAGUGAUGUUUGAUACAAUGUACCGGACUAACCUUUACGACAUGCCCUUAAGACUUUUUGUUGGGGUUAACAACAAUUUUCAGAGUAUUAUACUGGCUGGUGUACUGGUAUGCGACGAGACUGAGGAAAGUUUUGAGUGUGUCUUUUCAGAUUUUCUACAGAUGAUGAGAGGCGUGGCGCCGAAGACAAUACUCAUUGACAAGAAUCGGACGAUGAAUUGCAUAAAAGAACAACAUGUUUGGACAUGGGUGAUGUCCAGGGAGCAACCUCGGAAGUCUGCGAGGUGUAAGAAUUGUGGGGUUGAGGGCCAUAGGAGAAACACCUGCACUAAGGCAAUGGAGAUGAGGUUAGCAAAUGUGGGAUGCUGGAGUGUAGUGCUAGGCCCGACGGACUGUUUUUUGUUAGUUGUAAACAUGUUAUGUUGUGUUGUGGAUUAUUUUAGAUUUUGUGUUGCACUCGUUGGUAGGCUGAACUGCAGUUAAAAAAUCUAGCAUUAUUUCAGUAAUUAAAUGCCCAUGGUGCGAAUGA